UGGUCCUUACACGGAUUUAAUCAAUGUGUCGACUACACAUGAAAAUCCAAUACCUAAAUUAUUAUUUACAACGGAUGAAGAUGAAGGUGGAAAGAUCGAAAUAUGGGACUUGGAUUUAAACAAUACUAAUUUCGUAAAUUUUACAAAAUAUGUAAAAAAUGUCGCUUAUUUGAUACAAGAUUAUAGAAUUUAUUGGGGUGACGGUGGAGAUCUAAUGACAUUGAAGAUCAAUGAAAAUAAUAUUACAAAAAUAGCUAGCUUUCAUAAUACUCUACAUAAUCUCUGCAUUGACUGGGUAGCGAGAAAUCUAUAUUUCAGCUAUUACGAUUCAGGCUACUGUCAUAUUGUAAAGUUUGACUUAACAAUGUGGGAAAAUGGCAUAAUUAAAUUUGAUGAGAUUCUCAAAGCAAGAAUUCCUAUCAACUAUUUAAAUGUAUCACCGUCUAUGGGAAUUUUAUAUUAUAUAUCACAAUUUUGGACGAGGGGAGAAGAUUUAAAAAUGAUAAAAACUGAUCUCGAUGGAAUAAUCGAGCAAAUUGUAUCGAUAAAUGAAUCUUUUUGCCAUUCAAAAUUUUAUCAUUAUUUUCGUGAUCAUGAGUUCAAUGAUAUGAUAAUUGAUAACAUGAAUAAUGAGAAGCCGUUAAUUUACUGGAUAAGUGUUCAUUAUAUAUUUGUGACAGACAUUGACAUUUCUAUGUGCAAUACAAUUUUACACAACAAAAACAUGCGUGAUAACAUCCUAUUCCAAUCAAUGACGAUUGACAAAACAAACAUCUACAUUUUACCAUGUAUAUUGGACUACGACAUAAUUCCAUAUAUAUAUGUUUUGAAAAAGAAAUAUGCAAGUCUCAAGAGCGUAAAUGCAGCCGAAUAUGUUGAAAAGACAAUAAUAAGAAGAUCAUAUGAAAUGUCUUAUAAAAUUUAUGCUUUUGAUAAAUCUGUACAACCAUAUUCUCCAUCCAUAUCAAUGAGAUGUCUGACACCUUAUGAAAAAGUUUAUAAUUUUGAGAAGGUAAAUGCAACGGCAAACAGCAUUAUUGUAAAUUUUCCGAUGUCGGCUGUAAAGAGUGGAUGCAAAAGAUAUAAUUUACCAACUACUAUAUAUACUAUCUCUGUAAGCCAUUGUUUAGACAAUAACCUCAACAAGUCUGAAGAAUUCAAUGUGCUGACGGGCGAGCGAUAUUACGAGAUUCAAACCUUAACACCAUUUACAGAGUACAAGUUGAAGUUUACUUUAAGCAAUGUUUACUUUGAUCAAUUAUCAAUAACUCCAUUCGAUUCGAAUGUGAUAUCAGUAAAAACUAAUUCGGGCAAGCUUAAUGCACCAGAAAACAUAAGUGUUCUAGCUUUGACGCCUACUAUAGCAGUUGUUCAUUGGACGCCACCCAAGAAAUUGAACUGCAUAAGCGUGACCUACGAAGUGCAUUGGAAGUCAGUUAUAUUAAUGAACGGCACGCAACAAAAGAGCAAACAAGUUAUUAAUGUGCCGAAACGUAUGGCAGAUGGCAGAUUUUUCACAAAGAUUAACUUGUCGCUACCAGUACAAAAUUAUUUGAUAUACGUGCGUGUGUAUCCAAUUAAUUUCAGCGAUUUCUACAACGAGAGUUUAAACGAGAUCGUUCACAUACCCUCAGAACCAAACAAUAUUACUUUGAGCGGGGUCAACAUAAAUAGCAUGAACAUUUCAUGGAUCUCCAACAUUAAUUCGACGAUCUUUUUUACACUAGAGUACAAAGAUAUUGCAGCAGAAAAGUGGCAAACAAUGAAUUAUAUUAAAAUGAAUUGUAACAAUGAAAUAACAUACCAUGUCAAAAAUUUACAAUCGGGAACUUUAUACAAGUUUCGUUUGAUAUUGAGAUAUCUUGAAUAUGAAGAAAAUUUUAUAUGGCCGGCUGAUGAAAGAUUUAUUUUUUCAACACUUGAUAAGCAAACGAAGAUACACAUAUAACACAAUAGGGUUGCGGAUAUAUUGAAGAAUAAUUUCAUUGAAACAUUCCAACAUUGCAAAUCGAUUGCGAAAAUCUGCUGAGUUAUUGUUAUAAGAUUGUGAUGAGAAAGAAAGAGAAGUUAAAGUGUCCGCAUUUUGCAAUGAAAUAAUAUUACAGUGUAAUAUAUUGGAAAGAAUGUAACGUUACUGCAACCAUUUAAUAACAUUACGUAUAAAAUAUUUUUGUUUUUGAUGAAUGAAUAUCUUGGAAACAUUUAAUUAAAUUAAAAAGUUUGAUAU